CUCGGCCCCGGCCCGGCGCGGGAGGGCGGGCGGGAGGGGCGCGCUCCCCCCGAGCGGCGGCCCCGGGCCGCGGCCCCCCGUUGCGGUCGGAGAGGCGUGCAGCACCGGGCCCUGCGAUGCCGUUUGGCUGCGUGACGCUGGGAGACAAGAAAGAUUAUAACCAGCCGUCUGAGGUGACCGACAGAUAUGACCUGGGCCAGGUCAUCAAAACGGAGGAGUUCUGUGAAAUCUUCCGGGCCAAGGAGAAGACAACAGGGAAGUUGUACACCUGCAAGAAGUUUCUGAAGCGGGAUGGGCGGAAAGUGCGGAAGGCAGCCAAAAACGAGAUCAUCAUCCUCAAAAUGGUGAAGCACCCCAACAUCCUACAGUUGGUGGAUGUCUACAUCACCCGCAAGGAAUACUUCAUCUUCCUGGAGCUGGCCACUGGCCGGGAGGUCUUCGACUGGAUCCUGGACCAGGGCUACUACUCGGAGAAGGACACCAGCAAUGUCAUCCGGCAGGUGCUGGAGGCUGUCGCCUACCUGCACUCACUCAAGAUCGUCCACAGAAACCUCAAGCUGGAGAACCUGGUGUACUACAAUCGCCUGAAGAACUCCAAGAUCGUCAUCAGUGACUUCCACCUAGCCAAGCUGGAGAAUGGGCUCAUUAAGGAGCCCUGUGGCACCCCUGAGUACCUGGCUCCGGAGGUGGUGGGGCGGCAGCGGUACGGGCGGCCGGUGGACUGCUGGGCCAUCGGCGUCAUCAUGUACAUCCUCCUCUCGGGAAACCCCCCUUUCUACGAGGAGGCAGACGAGGAUGACUAUGAGAACCAUGACAAGAACCUCUUCCGUAAAAUCCUGGCUGGGGACUAUGAGUUCGAUCCGCCCUACUGGGAUGACAUCUCACAAGCGGCUAAGGAGCUGGUGACACGCCUGAUGGAGGUGGAGCAGGACCAGAGGAUCACGGCCGAGGAGGCCAUCUCCCAUGAGUGGAUCUCUGGGAAUGCUGCCUCUGACAAGAACAUCAAGGAUGGCGUCUGUGCCCAGAUCGAGAAGAACUUCGCCCGGGCCAAGUGGAAGAAAGCCGUGCGAGUGACCACGCUCAUGAAACGCCUGCGGGCGCCCGAGCAGUCGGAGACGGCGGCAGCCCCGGCCCCGGCAGCGACUCCAGCCCCGGCAGCGGCUCCGACCCCGGCAGCAACUCCAGCCCCGGCAGCUACCACGGCCCCGGCGGCGACCCCGGCCCCGGCGGCGACCCCGACCCCGGCCCCGGCAGCGACCCCGGCCCCGGCAGCGACUCCGGCCGCCGCCCCGGCUCCCGCCGCCGCGGCCGCGGAGCCCGCGACCACAGAGCCCGCCACCGCCACCGACACGGCCCCGGCCCCCGCCACGGAGCCCGCAGCCCCCUCCGCCACCGCCCCGGAGCCCGCAGCCCCCGGCACGCCGCCCGCCGCCGCGCAGCCCCCGGCCCCCGGCACACCGGCCGCCACCACAUGUACCGAGGCCGGGGCCGCCGCCGAGCCCCCCAGCGAGCAGAGCGGCUGAGCGGCCCCCGCGCCCCCUGUACAUAGCCCCGGCAUGGCCCCCCAGCCCCGCCUGCGCCCCCUUUUCUACGUGCCCCGCCGGAGAGCCGGCCGCGGGGCAGAGCCCUGCAUGGCGCC